AAAGUAUGGGUGAAUGAUCUGAGAGGCCUCUCCUGUCUAAUCGUCUUGAAGGACCAUAUGAAUGAACAAAGGGAGAACGUGAGAUGAACCAUUAUUCAAAUGAAACCAGAGGAGUUUUCGGGGUUUUGGACAUGAAGAAGACUCGGAGUCGAAGGCUUGAACAUCAAGCACCGAACACUUCCACAUUCUUGUCGCCACAACUGACCCCGUUUCGACUUUCCUUUGCAGAGACCUCUAUCUAUUAUCCACUGCCUCUUAUCCCAUCCACAAUAAAUCUCGCUUUGCCUUCGGGUAGUUGGUUGUAAUUCUGUCCAGAAUUACAAAUUUUAAUUUAUAUUUUGUUAUAAAUUGAAUUUGACUGUUGGUUUAUUUUAGUUUGUAUAAUCAUGGUUUGUUAAAUCAGUGCAAUCAUGUUUUAUUAAAAGGAUC